AUGUCCCUUCCAGAGCCCUAUUACGAGGUGACAGCGAGAGGGUCCCGGGUCAUUGCCCUCGGCGGGUAUAGAUUCAGCAAGCACUCCGUCGUCGGCCUCAAGACCCGAUGGUUCUGUGGCUCCCAUCACAGCAAAGGCUGCAAAGCGGUCAUCUUCACCGUCGAGGGCGAAAUCGUCAAAUGCAACAACACCCACAACCACCAACCGGUGCACGCAAGAGGGCGGUUGAAUUCAAAUAAA